AGGGACGCGGAGAGGCCCCUCGAGCUCGCCGCGGGCGACGAAGACGGCGAGAAGAAACCCUCAGAGCCCAAGGAUAACCGCACCGAGGCCGAGCGGAGGUACGACGAGCAGGCGGAGCGGACCCAGGCGAGGCUCAUCGAGAAGAUGGCGUCGAAAUCGCACAAGGACAAGGUGAGGGAGUUCAACGAGUACCUCUCGAAGCUCAGCGAGCACCACGACAUACCAAAGGUCGGCCCGGGUUGA